AUGGCAGCUUCAUCUCAAUCUACUGGUUCUGCGGGAACAGAAUCCAAUGCACCAAGAUACGAAAGAACGCAGCAACAACCCGAGAACCCAUUUGCAUCCCUCAUACCCGACCAAACUAUCGCCAUCAUCCCAUCCUUCACAUUAGAGUCCGGCGAAACCUUACACAAUGUUCCAUUGGCAUACAGCACCAGAGGAAAACUUUCACCUAAUCGCGAUAAUGCCAUGGUAAUAUGCCAUGCCUUGACCGGGAGUGCAGAUGUCAGCGAUUGGUGGGGACCUCUUCUAGGUGGACCUGGUCGAGCAUUUGAUAUAUCCAGAUUCUUCGUGAUAUGUAUGAACAGUUUGGGAAGCCCUUACGGGAGUGCAAGUCCUGUCACUUGCAAGAAUGGGGACCCAAAAAAUGAAAGAUAUGGCCCUGAGUUCCCUUUGACAACUAUUCGAGAUGAUGUCAACAUUCACAAACUUCUCUUGGACGAGUUGGGAGUUCGACAAGUAGCAGCGGUUAUAGGGGGCUCUAUGGGAGGUAUGCUGGUACUUGAAUGGGCAUAUUUUGGCAAAGAUUAUGUUAGGGCCAUUGUGCCAAUCGCAACAUCUAGCAGACAUAGUGCUUGGGGAAUUAGUUGGGGAGAAGCCCAAAGGCAAAGCAUCUAUGCGGAUCCAAAGUACGACGAUGGCUAUUACCCAUUCUCGGAUCCUCCAACAGCAGGGCUGGGCGCGGCGCGCAUGUCUGCGUUGCUCACGUAUCGAAGUCGAAACUCAUUCGAGGCAAGGUUUGGACGAAACAUACCUGAUGCUUCAAAAAAACAGACCAUCAGCGAAAGCCAACAAUCCGCCACCGCAUCGGAUAUUCACAGGGCAAUUCACAAUGAUGGACACAGACAGACCAGAUCCCCAAUAUCUUCGAGACCUGGAAGCUCAGCUGCCAUUUCAACCAUGACCAGUGAAAACAUUACUGCCAACGGUGGUAACCCUGCAAACUUUACCGACCCGCAAUUUCACGGCGCAACUCCCUCAUCAUCCCCACCACCAGACCGACCUGUUCCUAAGCGCAAGUCAACCUCUCAUUACUUUUCCGCGCAAUCCUAUCUUCGUUAUCAAGGUGAAAAAUUCGUCAAACGUUUUGAUGGAAACUGUUAUAUUGCUAUCACCCGCAAACUGGAUACUCAUGAUGUGUCAAGAUAUCGAGUGCCGGCAGAUUCAGCGGACCCUAUUGCUGAAGCCCUUUCACAAAUCCAACAGCCAACGUUGGUACUCGGUAUUGAGAGUGAUGGACUUUUCACCUUUGAUGAGCAGAAAGAGAUUGCAGCUUCAGUACCAAAUGCACGCCUUAGAAAGAUCGAAUCCCCUGAAGGCCAUGAUGCAUUCUUGUUACAGUUUGAACAAGUCAAUCAACACAUUCUGGAAUUUUUGAAUGAAGUCUUACCCGACAUUAUGGGAGCUCCUGGCAUUGAAGGAGUUGAGGCUGAAGACGGAGUGGGGGCUGUUACCAAAAGCAGUACCUUUGGAGAGGUAGAAGUGGAUGACAUUACAGCAUGGUAA